UUCAUCUUCCGGAGGGUGCAUACCAGGGAGGAGGGGGCAUCCAUCCUUCUGGCCCAGCAUCUGUGGCGUCUUACCACCUUGGAUGUCCCCUCCCGCAUGACUGCUGACUGCUCGACUGCAGUGACACAGAUGCCGUUAUCCUGUCAAUAUGCAUGCAACUUCUGUCGUCGUCGUGCCAACCUACAGUACUGUACCGUACAUACAUAUGUGCCUACAUACUUGACUGUAUCUAGUAUCCAAUCGGUACUACAGGAUAGAGGCAUGCAGUCAGGAGAGAAAGAGCGGUCGGUCGGUGAGGCUUCACCCGCCUCAAACCUCCCCUCCAUCCAUCUCAGCAUGAUUCAAACAUACACUAUGUAUCAUGCAUGUACAAUUUUUUUUCUCCCAUCGCAUCAAACGCCAUCACCCACUUCUUCUACACCUCUGUUUCUCGCAAGCGGGGCCCGGAAAGAUGCAUCUGACUAUCGACCUAUCGUGCUGUUGUCAUCACUCCAUGGCCCGACACGUAAAUGCCAUCCGCCAAUCUGCUCCACUGCAAGACAGACAACCAUGCACCUUGCUGCACCAUGCCGGUCGUCUACUCUUGCUUGUCCCAUCCACACCUCUCUGCUCUGCUCUACCCUCCAGGUGGGGCCUUAUUCCCUUGCUCCCCGACCACUCCCAUUCGCAGCCAAGUCCUCGCCGAGUCCCACUCCCCCACCAUCCCAGUCGUCCAUCACCAUCACGUCUGCAUUGACUCAAUCACCACCACCACCACCCAACUGCAAACAGUGCGCACACGACCUGGUAACUUUUUUUGAUUUCCCUCCCCUCCUCGGCUCUACUGCGCAUGCUCAGCCCUAA